UCUUCUUCUUCUUCAUAGGAUCAGCAAUGAAUAUAGCUUCGAGGAUUCGACGAAGUUUUUUCAGAGAGAAGAAGGAAUAUUCCGAUGGGAAUAGCUUGAAGAAUGGAUCGAGUGUUAAGGAAGAAGGUAAAGAUGAGAUUUUGGGAGUAACUGAUGAAUUAAUCGAUCGAGUCAGAUCUUUCACCAUUGAUACGUUUAAGAACUUUUCUCUGGAAGAUGAAGAAGAAGAAGUAUCUGUGAGUCAUUUGGGAGAUGAAGAUAAUGGAAUGAGUUCAUCUGUCAAUGUGAAGAAGGAUUUGUCUGAUUGGCAAGAGAAACACGCGGUUCUUGUCUUAUCGAAAUCGAAGGAACUCUCACAGCUGAGAUUCAAGUUAUGCCCGCGACUUUUAAAGGAACAUCAGUUUUGGAGGAUAUAUUUCCAGCUUGUGAGGAAGCUUGUUGCAAAAUAUGAGGUGCUAGCAAUUCAACAGGCUAAAAUCAGGAGGAUAGCCAUGGAAGACAGUAAAACUUGUGAAACCAAGGGAGUAUAUGAAGUUGAAAUGUCAGAAACAAAGCAAAGGUUGAGUACAGGAUCUGCAACUCCGUGAAGCUUCUGUGGCGAAGUUUGGGAGAGAACAUGACAGGUACUGUAAUAUUACAGACUACUUAUUUACUUAAUACAACCAUUAUCAACGAGAAUGAAAGCACUCUAAGGAUCCUAUGACUUGCUUUUGCAGUUUUGCUCACAAAUUCAGCAAACCAAAAUGCUAAACCAUCGGAGUUUAAGCAGGGCUUGAUCAGUAAAUAGUGUUCAUACUG